UUGCACAUGCGCAGUGAACAAAUGGGUCGGGGAAUGUAUGCUUUGCCGAAUAGACCAAGCAAAUUCGUUGCAAAUGCGCGGAUCGGUCCGUCAAAGACAUUGAACAACCUUGAAAUUGCGAGGUCCUCGCCAAGGGACACCGACAAGCAGCAAACUGCAGUUGUAAUGAGCUCUCCAAAGCCUGUGUUCAAUGGAACAAGAGGUCGUCAUCAGCAUUAUAUGAGGCGAAACAGUUCUCCGUCCCAGCCACAGUAUUCAGUUCAACACGAAGAGAUAGUAAAAAUUUUGUCAGAAGGUUGGAGCAGGGUCAACCAUGAAUUAGAAAAGAGUAGUCACAAAGAAGUUCCUGCUGGACCAAUAUUGUACAGGGAAAAAAACCCAAACCCAAAAUUGAAUGAUUUCAAGGCCUUUGAUCUGGAAAAGUUCUGGGGUGAUCGCCUCUAUGCGCAGGCGACCGGCUCGCCUAGUUGACACAAACCUCUUCGGGGAACCAAUCUCAUGCUGAUAACGUCAUGCUCAUAGGACUCUCUCAUUACACAUUCAUUUUGUAAAUAAAUUGCGUGCAAGUUUUUAUGUCACUGUCUGUAAAUAUUGAUGUACAAAAUUUUAAGAAAAAUGUGCAAUCAA